AUGGCUUCAAGAACCACAAGCUCCAUAGCCCUUUUCUUGGCUCUCAGUCUCCUAUUUUUCACAACAAUCUCUGCCUGCGGUAGCUGCACUCCGUGCGGUGGAGGUUGCCCCGCUCCCAAGCCAAAGCCAACUCCUACACCUAAACCAACCCCAAGCCCUAGCUCUGGCAAAGGCAAGUGCCCUAAAGACACCCUCAAGCUCGGUGUCUGCGCCAACGUGCUCAAUGGCCUCCUAGAUUUGACCCUUGGCAAGCCACCGGUUGAGCCAUGCUGCAGCCUCAUCCAAGGACUCGCUGAUGUUGAAGCAGCCGUUUGUCUCUGCACCGCUCUUAAGGCUAACAUUCUUGGAAUCAACUUGAACCUUCCAAUCUCUCUAAGUCUGCUCCUCAAUGUUUGCAACAAAAAAGUUCCUUCUGGCUUCCAAUGCUAA